ACUCUUCUGUUUUUCACAGUUUCACUUCAUCGCAAACUAUGCGCCUUACAGAACCUUAACAUUGAGGGACUUCAACACAAUAACCGAGGAAGAGACUAUAUAAUUGGAGGCCGGAGCACGAACUCUAAUAUGCAGGACAUUUUCGGAUCGGUUCGGCGAUCCCUGGUGUUUCGGUCGACACCGGGAGACGAUGGAGGAGUAGGAAUCGGCGGCUUGGUUGAGAAGAUCGGCUCGAGCAUUCGUAAAUCGAGAAUCGGUUUGUUUGGUAAACCGCCGGUACCGGCUCUGCCGCCGAUUGUGAAAACCGAAGCGCCGCCGAUCCGGUGGAGGAAAGGUGAGUUGAUAGGGUGUGGCGCGUUUGGUCGGGUCUAUAUGGGGAUGAAUCUUGACUCUGGAGAGCUCCUAGCUGUUAAACAGGUUUUAAUUGCAGCGAGCAGUGCUUCAAAAGAAACAACACAGGCACACAUAAGGGAACUUGAGGAAGAAGUGAAGCUUUUGAAGAAUCUUUCACACCCAAACAUCGUUAGAUAUUUGGGAACUGCCAGAGAGGAUGAUUCGUUGAAUAUACUGUUGGAAUUUGUACCCGGUGGUUCCAUAUCAUCUCUAUUAGGAAAAUUCGGAUCUUUCCCCGAGUCUGUUAUUAGAAUGUAUGCGAAACAAUUGUUAUUAGGACUUGAAUAUCUUCAUAAAAAUGGAAUUAUGCAUAGGGACAUUAAGGGGGCAAAUAUUCUUGUUGAUAAUAAGGGGUGUAUUAAACUUGCGGACUUUGGUGCAUCCAAGAAAGUCGUAGAGCUGGCCACAAUAAAUGGUGCCAAGUCAAUGAAGGGUACUCCAUAUUGGAUGGCUCCUGAAGUUAUUCUACAGACUGGACAUAGCUUCUCUGCUGAUAUAUGGAGUGUUGGAUGUACUGUGAUUGAGAUGGCUACAGGACAGCCUCCAUGGAGCCAACAGUAUCAAGAGGUUGCUGCUCUGUUCCACAUUGGAACAACUAAAUCCCACCCACCCAUUCCUGAACAUCUCUCUCUUGAAGCAAAGGAUUUUCUGUUAAAAUGCUUGCAGAAGGAACCAGACUUCAGACCUACAGCAACAGACUUGCUGCAGCACCCAUUCAUCACUGGGAAGUAUCAGGAAUCUCAUCUUGUAUUCCGCAAUUCAAUCAUGGAGUCUGGAAAUUUGAUGGCAACACCAGGGAUGAAUCUCAGGAACUCCAUGAACUCUUUGAUACGACAGUCAACCUGCUCAGGCUUGAAGGAUGUUUGUGAGAUGGGUAGCGUGAGAUGCUCAACAGUGUAUCCAGAGCGUUUAUCUGCAGGAUCCUACUGGGGGGCAAACAAUUGUGACGAUGACAUGUGUCUAAUAGAUGACAAAGAUGAUUUUGGGGUUAGGGCAUCUGUAAAAUUCAACUCUACCUUUGAAUCUGCAGAUUUAACUAAGAGUUUUAAUCCAAUGUGUGAACCUACUGAUGAUUGGCCAAGCAAGUUUGAUGAGAGUCCAAAGGUGGACAGAUAUGGACUGAAUUUAUCUUCUGGGGAAGCAAUUUGUGGAGCUGUUGGCACUGCUGGAGUAUCAGUUAAAGAGGAGAAUGACUUCUCCUUUCCCUGUAGUGCAUCAGCACCUGAGGAUGAUGAUGAAGUUACAGAGUCAAAAAUUAGAGCCUUUCUAGAUGAGAAGGCUCUGGAUCUGAAGAAGCUGCAAACACCUCUGUAUGAAGAGUUCUAUAACACAAUGAAUGCAACUGGUCACCCAAUUGCUGUUGGAAUUGCAAAUGGAGAAAAUUGUUCGAACUUACCUCCUAAAAGUAGAUCGCCCAAGCGGCUACCAAGUAGAAGACUCUCAGCAGCUGUUUUUACUGCUAGUCCUGGGAGUAAAAUGGAUUCUGUGUCAAAGCUGAACAGCAUGCAUGACCGAGCUCUGCAGGAAAUUCCACUGCCUCAGCUUAACGAGUGGAAAGAACUACUCGAUCCUCAGAAGGAUACAAUUAGACCAAGCAUGAGCUUCUCAGAAAGACAAAGAAAAUGGAAAGAAGAGCUUGAUGAAGAGCUCAAACGACAACGAGAGAUGAUGCGACAGGCAGGUGUAGGAGGGAGGACAUCGUCUCCAAGGAUCAGAUUCUGACUCAACCAAGGAGCUGCUACGGUUUGCAUUCCAUGGCAAGUAAAUGCAUGUACCUCCAAGGAUCAGAUUCUAACUCGACCAAGGAGCUGCUAUGGUUCGCUUUCCCUGGCAAGUAAAUGCAUUUACCUCACCUGUAUUUGUAUAAGUACCUAGUGGAAUUAAUUAUGCUUUUCCCCUAGGAGAGUUGAGUUGAUGUAUUUAGUUUUGUUUUUUAUAAGAAAUGGUGUCUAAUAAUAUAUAGUGGUUUACAGCUCA